GCAGACCCCCGCCCGGCAGCGCAGGCCUGGCCGGGAGGCGGCGGGGGCGGCGGAGCCGGGGCCGGGGCCGGGGCCGGGUGCUGCAGCCGCCGCGGCGGCGGGAAGAUGGAUGCGCCGUGCUCGUCCCUCGCCGCUCAGCGUUCUCUCCUGGCCGCGGCACGGGCUUCCAAAGCAUCAGAGUCCAGGACCUUAAGGAAUGUCACACAGUGGGUGCUGAACUAACUGGCACUGAAAGGAACAGGAAAACAUGGCAGUCCAUAUUUGAAAUAAUUGAACAGGUGGACUCUCGCUGAUAAGAAACCAUGUCAAAAAAAGGACGUAGCAAGGGCGAAAAGCCUGAGGCCCUGAUCGUUGCCCUACAGGCUGCCAAUGAGGAACUCAGGACCAAGCUAACAGACAUUCAAAUAGAGCUGCAUCAGGAGAAGUCUAAGGUUGCUAAACUUGAACGGGAGAAGACUCAAGAAACUAAGCGUAUCCGUGAGGUGGAGCAACGCAAGCAGACCGUGCAGAUCACAGAACUAAAAGCCAAACUUCAUGAGGAGAAAAUGAAGGAGCUACAGGCUGUGAGGGAGAACCUCAUCAAGCAGCAUGAGCAGGAGAUGACGCGGAUGGUGAAAGUCCGAGACAGUGAAAUCCAGCGCCUGAAGUCAGCGCUGUGUGCGCUGCGGGACGGGAGCAGCGAUAAAGUGAGGACAGCACUGACUAUUGAGGCUCGUGAAGAGGCCAGAAAGCAGUUUGACUCCGAGCGCCUGAAGCUUCUGCAGGAAAUAACUGAGCUGAAGUCUGCCAAAAAGCAAGUAGAUGAGGCCCUUAACAACAUGAUCCAAGCUGAUAAGAUCAAGGCAGGGGAUCUUCGAAGUGAGCAUCAGUCCCACCAGGAAGCCAUUUCCAAGAUCAAAUGGGAGAGUGAAAGGGAUAUUCGCCGCCUGAUGGACGAGAUCAAGGCUAAAGACAGGAUCAUAUUUUCCUUGGAGAAAGAACUGGAGACACAGACGGGCUAUGUGCAGAAGCUGCAGCUGCAGAAGGAAGCUCUGGAUGAACAGCUCUUCUUGGUGAAGGAGGCAGAGUGUAACAUGAGCAGUCCCAAGAGAGAGAUCCCAGGAAGGGCCGGAGAUGGUUCAGAGCACUGCAGCAGCCCUGACUUGCGCAGAAACCAGAAGAGGAUAGCAGAGCUGAAUGCCACAAUCCGGAAGCUGGAAGACAGAAACACGUUGCUCGUUGAUGAACGAAACGAACUGUUGAAGCGUGUUCGAGAAGCCGAAAAGCAAUGUAAACCUCUUCUGGAAAAGAACAAGUGCCUCACGAAGAGAAAUGAUGAACUUAUGCAGUCUCUGCAGCGCAUGGAAGAUAAACUCAAAGCAGUCACUAAAGAAAAUAUAGAAAUGAGAGAAAAAAUGACCUCACAUCCUCCACUAAAGAAAUUAAGAUCUCUCAAUGACCUGGAUCAGGCUAAUGAGGAACAAGAAACUGAAUUCUUAAAGCUUCAGGUCAUAGAACAACAGAACAUAAUUGAUGAGUUAACACGGGACAGGGAGAAACUCAUCCGUCGCAGAAAGCAUAAAAGGAGCUCAAAGCCAAUUAAGAGACAUGUUGUGGAUACAUUUUUUGGUUAUGAUGAUGAUUCCAUGGACUCUGAAACAUCCUCUGUGGCCUCAUAUAGAACAGACAGAACGCCAGCAACCCCAGAUGAUGAUCUGGAUGAGGGUUUAGCAGCGGAAGAAUCAGAGCUGCGGUUUCGACAGCUGACAAAGGAGUACCAGGCCUUGCAGAGAGCGUAUGCACUGCUGCAGGAGCAGACAGGGGGCAUCAUAGAUGCUGAAAGAGAAGCCAAGGCUCAGGAGCAGCUCCAAGCUGAAGUCCAGAGAUAUAAAGCCAAAAUAGAAGAUCUGGAGAAAACUUUGGCACAGAAAGGGCAGGACUCACACUGGGUGGAAGACAAACAGCUUUUUAUUAAGAGGAACCAAGAGCUUUUAGACAAGAUAGAGAAACUGGAAGCAGAAAACAACCGUCUGCAACAGGAGCUGCAGGAUGCCCGAGACCAGAAUGAGCUGCUGGAGUUCCGCAACCUGGAGCUUGAGGAAAGGGAGAGACGGUCUCCGCCAUUUAAUCUCCAGAUUCAUCCAUUCUCAGAUGGUGUGAGUGCUCUACAAAUCUACUGCAUGAAGGAAGGGGUUAAGGAUGUCAGCAUCCCAGACCUCAUAAAGCAGUUAGAUAUCCUAGGUGAUAAUGGGAAUUUAAGAAAUGAAGAACAAGUAGCCAUAAUUCAGGCUUCCACUGUUUUGUCCUUGGCAGAAAAGUGGAUCCAGCAGAUUGAGGGAGCUGAAGCCGCUCUGCAUCAGAAGAUGAUGGAGCUGGAAAGUGAUAUGGAACAAUUUUGCAAAAUAAAAGGUUAUUUGGAGGAAGAAUUAGACUACAGGAAGCAAGCUCUUGACCAAGCAUACAUGAGGAUCCAGGAGCUUGAAGCCACCUUGUACAAUGCUUUGCAGCAAGAAACAGUGAUAAAAUUUGGGGAACUACUCACUGAAAAACAGCAGGAGGAGCUGAGGACAGCAGUAGAAAAGCUGAGACGUCAGAUGCUGAGGAAAAGCAGAGAAUAUGAUUGCCAGAUUCUUCAGGAGAGGAUGGAGCUGCUCCAGCAGGCUCAUCAGAGGAUUCGAGAUUUAGAAGAUAAAACUGACAUCCAGAAGAGACAAAUUAAGGAUCUGGAGGAAAAGUUUCUAUUUCUAUUCUUGUUCUUCUCACUUGCCUUUAUUCUUUGGCCUUGAUGUCAAUGUGCCUCUUGGAAAGAGUGGCCAACCACACAGAUGAGUCCUUAUAAAGGCAAAUGCUUCCACCGCACCAAUGAAGAGAACAUUGUUUACAUCUAUUUUUGAAAGUAUAAAAAUGAAGAACCUGUAGCCAACACUGCGACCACCUUGUAUUUUAAAGCCAUCACUCAAAAUUUGUUACUUGACAGUUUCUGUCUAAAGCUAUGAUAUAUGCUGCAUCUAAUGAAAUUCUGUAUGUCGAAAUUACAAAAGGGGAAGAAAAACUGUGAACCUUUAUCACUUAGGAAGAACUUAAAGGGAUGGAACCACUUUCAGCUGAUCGAGUCAGUGUGUCUUGGGCAUGGAACCAAAGUUACAACAGAAAAGUCUAUCCCUGCUGUGCAGGGUGAUCGUUUAAAUGUGAUGCUGUCAUCCCAGGAAUGGAUCAAAAGUCAACAGGAACGGAGCAAAAGAAACACGAGCUGUGGAGAGAUGCUGACAACAAAGUGUUCGCUUUGAACUGUCUGCUUUUGCACUGCAGGGACUCCUCCUCUCCCUCUUUGGUUUUAACCUCAGGAACAAAUGACAGCUGCAGUGUGGGGCGAAGAAAAAUGCAUUCUGGCUUAUUGGAGGAUAGGCAGGACAGGGCACCGUGUUUUGCACUUGAGAUCAUAAUAAAGCACCACCCUACUCAACAAAGGAAGGGAAGAAGAGGGUGUCUGGCAUAAGGAGGAUUUCGUACAGAGUUGUAGCCUUAUCUCUCUGCACCCUCCCUCCAUGAAGAACAGCCCGUCUAUUGUCAGAUUCUUUUCAUACUCUUCAAAGACUGCCGUUGAGAUAACAAUGACCAUAUGUGGGUUUAGUAUUUGAACAGUACACUGAGGAUCACUGUUUUGUUUUGGUUUGGCCUGUCAAAUUGAUUUUGUUAGCUGGCUUACUGAUCAACGACACACAAACCAAAACCAAGGAAAAGCUGUGUGAAUACAUCGUUGUUAGAAGUAAGAAGAGUAUUGCUAGUCUGUUUAGAUUUUUCUGCAGUUACGUAGCAGUUUGUGUUUCAAAGCAUUACUUACCUCUUCAGUCACAAAGCCCAGAACCCAGUCCUGGGGUCUCCCUGCGGCUUACCAGGUCCAUGGCCCUUGUCAGUAAGGAACGACGGCAGAGGAGCGUCGCCCGUGCGCAGACGUGGCGCGGGCCCUGUGCUGGCUGGGAGCAAAGCAGCCAGCUGCACCUGUCUUCCCUUUUCUCACUCGUGCUGCGUGAGCUAGGCCUGACAAUACGCUUCUCAGUGUCUCUGCUUCCAUUUCCCUGGACAUGGAGUCAUGCCUGCUUAGACUUCAGGUUCCUGUGGCAAGGCUCCUUGUUUGAGCUGUGUUUUCCACGGUGGAGCCUUAAUUUUAACUGGGAGAAAUGGAUGUCUGUAUAACAAAAUAGAAAACUAAGGGCCAAUAGACAGCCUGAGAAAUGACUUAAAUCUUCAAAACAGGGCUCACAUGUACCAACAUCUUACACAGAUUCUGCCCAUCAGGAGCUUUAAAAGUGCUUUGCAGAGAGUCUCUCCCUUGUUUGCUUGUUAACUUUCACGGUUGAAGCAACUGAGGCACAAAGCAGUGAAGUAACUUGCCACAGCAGCUCAGCAGGUCAACAGCAGUUCCUCAGCCAUAGCAGGGAUGAAGUUACUCUAGCAUCAAGGAUGCUUGCCCCUCACUGGUAUUGUUUGACCAUAAUAGCUUUUAGGCAUCUAUGUCCCUUCACCCAACUGGGUUGCAAUGCUGGGCUCUGUUUCUCCACAGAGACUUCUAACAUCCUCAUUUCUUGGAUGCCCUGAGAUUGUUUUAAGCUUUCUAUCAAAGGUUAGAAGCUAAUAGAAAGUGAUUUUUUUUUUCCCUGCUCCUUAAAAUUAAUUUAAACUACAUAAUGACCACAUGUUCUUGAAGCAGUCUGUUUCAGUCAUGGGAUUUACGGAAUUCUGCACCGGCUGUAUGUUUGUUACUUCACUUUUUGAAAAACAGUCUUGUAGGCAGGUGUGUUAAAUGAAUACAGGUAUGUUGCAUGCUCUUUGUUCAAAUUAAUUUUCCCCCCAAGAAGAAUACAUGGAUAAGGUUCGCUCAAACCUACAUCGAUUUCCAGGAGUGCUGCUGGCAGUUCAGUCCUGAAGCUCUGGAGUCAGGCCCUUUGAGAGACUCGUCUCACACCUGUGACACCUUCAGGUCACUAAGCGACCGUACAAUAUCUUGUUAGCUACAAAAAGAGGGAUUACCUCUCUGGUAAUUCCUUCUUCCCCCUCUCACUCUUUUCACCUGUUGGAGCACCAGUUCAUUUCAUACCACUUGGCUGCAGUGUCCUGCGAGUAAAUACAGACUGGAAACUAUUUUCCCAAGCAGUAGAGCCAGCAAUUAAAACAUUAAGCUCUUCUUGCAGAAGAGUGAGUGGCAUCUAUUUUCCGUGAUAGCGCAAUGACUUCCACCUCUGCCUUGGUUACAAUAAUAUGGAGGCCUAGAAACAUUUGUUUAAGGCAGUUGUGGGGACGGUUUGUGCCACAGAUAGAAAUAGGUAGUUUCACAACAUACCUGACGGGUCUUGUGGCCGGAUUCAUCGUUUAGAUCCUCUGAGCCAGGUUGUGCACAUCUUAUUUCAUUUAUCUUUUUUGCCUGGCUUCCCCCAUCUUACAUACACAUUUGCAUGCAGGUGCUCCAUUUCCAAGGGCUCAGGGUGGGGUGGGGGGUGGUAGAAAAUCCACAGCUUAUCUUGGUCUGCAAAUUUUUGAAAUAUUGCUGUAUUCCCUCCAGAGAGCUGAACAACAGCUGCUUUAUUCCUCGCAGCAUAACAUAAACCAAGCUUAAAACACACUUGCUGAUAUGAGUAAUACAAACCUUUUGCUGUGAGCUAGAUCAAAAUGAGUUUGAUGUUUGUGUGUGUAUAUAUAUAUAUACACACAUCUAUAUAUAGUAUAUAUACAUAUAUUUAUAUAUAUAUGCAUAUAUCAAUCCCCUAUUGUAUAUAGUAAAUGGAUGCUAUAGCUUAUGAAAGUAUACUUCCAAUCUAGGUAUGGGGAACUGAAUCUAGACUUGUUUAGCUGCCACAACUGGUACAUGCCUUGUGGUUUAGUUUUACAUCUUAUGGGCACAUAGUUUUUGGAUCUGUUUUUCCGGGGUCUCCCCUCUUCUCUGUCCUGAAGUUUUUCUAGGGCUUUCUGCUGUUCCUCACAUUCAUUGAGGCAAAAUAUUGAGAAUCCUCCUACAAAUUAGUCACUCCAGCCAGCCUCCCCUCCCCAAAACCUCCCAACAAAAUAAAAAUCGAUUUAUUGCAGCCUUUGAGGACAGCAUGUAUAGCCCUGGACUCCUCCCGUUCAUCCGUCCCAGGCGGUAGCAGGGUGCCGGUGCUCCAAGGUACCCACACCGCCAGAGCAGUGGAUGAGCCACAUACUGUAGUGCAAGUCAGUUUGACCACAACCUGACUUGCUGCUUUGUCUCCACUGGCCAAGCCAGGAGAUUUUGAAGACUAUUCUUUCAAUUUAAGCACUUCAGAUGAAGGCCCAGCUAGGUGAGAUGAAUUUAGGCAGUUGGGAAGGAAUUACGGCUUCUUGCAGUAUUACUAGUGUGGCUCACAGCUCUGUCCUCUCUCGCUGAUGUGCCUGGAGGAACAUGUAGUCUUUUUUGUAGAUGUGCUUCGUUUUCCACCUCCCUGCUCUCAUCUCAGUGGGAAACAUCCUCAGAAGCCCCAGAGCUUUUCAUUCCAUGGCAUCCCAUGAGGGCUGGAUAGCCCAGGGUCUCCUCCUUACCAGGGCAAGGUUCAAUACACAGCCACACAGUUGCUGAUGAUUCAAAGGGUUUUUUUCUUUUCCCCUGCCCAAUCAGCACCUGUGUGUUUUUAUAUGUACUUUUUGUUCUCAGCUUUUUUUUGUGUGUCUAUUCCAGAACAGAAUUGUAAAUGACUUGGCAUAAUGACCCUUUGAUAAACACUGGACAUGUAUCUGUACUAUAUGUAUUAAUGUGUAGAAGAGAAUCCUUAUUGUAUGUAAAGUUUUAUGAAUGGUUAUUUUUUAAUUUAUGUAUUUAAUAUAGGAUUCAAUGACCUCUGGUGUUUUAGUUUGUAUAAAAAAAUAAAACAGCAGCAUUUUUAAAAAAAAAACUAUCUCACAUUACAUUCAUGGAGAUAUUCAGUGUCCGUCUGGAAUCUGUUGAGGAGAAUCCUUUAAAGCUGAGCCACAGCGACGUGCCGCCCUCGGCUGCCCUCUCCCUGCGAGGUGCUCGCAAGCCACGGACGGGAAGACAGGAAGGGUUGGACCAGAACAUAGCAGCACACUCUGAAACAUAAAUCUAUUAAAAAGUGGACAUCCUGAGGUAAUUAGUUGAUAAGGGGAACACAGUCAGCUUUCCCAGCACGGGCUCAAGGUUGAGUUUACUGGCUUUUUGCUAGUCCUGGGCAGAAAAAAGAAAAAUAAAAAAGCUGCCUACGUCUCUUCACUAGAGGUGGGGAGAAGAGCGUGUUUCCUCAGAGGGGUGCAAGUCCGUGUGCGUAAGACAGACAAAAACCCCGAGGCGGCGGCAGCGCCUCCUCGGUGCCGGGGGGCGGAGGGGAGAGAGACCUGCCGGCCGGAGCCGCGGGGCGCGCGGCCCCUCGGGCAGGGCGCUCCCGGUCUCUGGGCCGCAGGCCGGGGGCGGCAGACGGGUUCAGGUGCUCUGGCCUGCUUUUUAGCCAGCGUGGCCUUCUCCGCGCUGUGAAGAAAAUCCCGCGCGGUCGAUUCCGCUCGCCGCUCGGGAGAUGCCGCGUCUCUGGGGCCGUGGACUGGGGAAGAACGUUUGCGAGUUGGAGGGCGCUACAAGAUAUUCCGCGGGGAAGCCGGAGAAGAGGCAAAUUGGCUGCCAGUGGAGUUGCGUUCCUUCGGUUUAGGACGUUCAGCUUGUCCUUCCAGAGAAGGAGCAGUCGUGGGUAGGGCCGAGAGAGGCUUUUAAGCGCGUGAUCGGAAUUGGAGCCAAAUGGCACUUGACGUUGCCGCUGUGGGUCUUGGCUUUCAGUGGUUUCCCCGCGGCUGCCUGGUGUUUGGGAGCUCGGAGCGGGCAUUUUUUUUCCCCCAAGGAGAGGCUGUGCUUGAAACAGAACUUGCUUGAAGAAGACAGACGAGGCGGGUGAGGAUGCAGAGCGGGCCAAUCAGAUCGCUCGGGAGGGCUGGAGGGGCGGAGCGCCGAUAGGCGGGGAGAAUGGCAAUUGAUGUGCGUAGGCAGCCAAUGAGGUUGCCGGAGGGGCGGGCGUUGCCGUCUCCGUACUGCGCAUGCCCAACUUGCGCAGUCCUCAGUCAGGUCCGACGCUGAGGCGGGCACCUGGGCGCGGAGCGCGGGAAGGAGCAUCCAAUAGGAGGACGGCGCGGCGGGGUGGAAAGCAGCCAAUCAGAGCGCGCCGUCUCAAUCCCGUUUGAACAGCUGCCUCCCUGGCAAACGCGUCCGUGGGGUCCCGGGGCGGGUACCGGGAGUUAACGGGGAAACGGGGGUCGGGGCGAGGGAGGGGAGGCUGUGGAGCGCUCAUUUUGGCCUCUCCGUCCCUUUUGCCUCUCUCUCCCUCUCUCUGUGUCUCCUUGUCUUGCUCCCUGUCCCUGUCUUUCUCUGGUAAGCUGACCUGCUCUUUGCCCUUCUUUUUUUGUGGAAUCACAGGCUCCUUCUGCUUGGAAAAGACACGUGCAGUUUUAAAUUUGGGUUUGAAUUCUAGGGUUUUUUUCCCCCAUUAGUGUAAAUGGACGGCACGUUGUCCUGUGGCUCAAUCCCCGUUCUGUUCCGUGGAGCCUUCAGUUUAGGAUGUUCAGGUAAGACAGUUUGUCCUUCCAGAACAGGAGCAGUCACUGGUAGGGCCGAGAGAGGCUUUUAAGCGCGUGAUCAGAAUUGAAGCCAAAUGGCACUUGACGUUGCCGCUGUGGGUCUUGGCUUUCACUGGUUUCCCCGCGGCUCCCUGGUGUUGGGGAGCUCGGAGCGGGCACGUUUUUUCCCCGAGGGGAGGCUGUGCUUAAAAAAGAACGUGUUUCCUCAGAGAAGUGCAAGUCCGUGUGCGUAAGACAGACAAAGACCCCAGCCAGCCUAGUCAAGUUCUGAGCGUGCGUCUGUCAGGCGGCUGCUUUACGUUGAGGAGCGCACGGCCGUGCAAUGGUAAGGGCGAAGGGCAACGCAAGACAGAAGGGUUUUUCCUGCUGCGGGUGACCAGCCGCCCCCCUUUUCCGCGUGAAGCAGAGGAGCGCGGUUCGUUGUCGCCUUUUAAACGCGGCGGCGGCGGCGGCAAGCCGCGCGGCCGGAGGGCGCGGGGUGCGGGGGGGGGGGGUCCCGGCAGGGCGGCGAGCCGGCGGGUGAGGAUGCAGAGCGGGCCAAUCAGAUGGCGCGGGAGGGCUGGAGGAGCGGAGCGCUGGUUGGCUGCCUAGGCACGUCAGUUGCCUUUCUGUCUGCCAAUCAGAUUGCACGGGGGGCGGGCGUCGAGGGCUGGGUACUGCGCAUGCCCCAAAGAGGGAGCGCUGAUGGGCGGAGAGAUGCUGAUUGGCGUGCCGUCCGCAGCCAAUGAUGUUGCCGAAGAGGCGGGCGUAGUGGUGUCCCUAGUGCGCAUGCCCCAGCCGCGAGCGCUGAUAGGCGGCGAGAGAGGUGAUUGACGUGUCCCGGGGAGCCAACCGGGUUGAGGAAAAGGGGCGGGUGCUGCGGUCUCCCUAGUGCGCAUGCCCAGUCCGCUAGCGCUGAUAGGCGGAUAGGGAGGUGAUUGACGUGUCCCGGGGAGCCAACCGGGAUCUGGCAAGGGGCGGGAUCUGCGGUCUCCCUAGUGCGCAUGCCCAAACCGCGAGCGCUGAUAGGUCCGCGGUGUCUCGGUGCCGGGCCGGGGGGGGAGACCGGGAGCGAACGGGAACGGGGGUCGGGGCGGCUGCGGAGCGCUCGCUGCGGCCGGCGCCCGGGCAUCGGGAGGCGGGCGGCUCAGGGCCGCCCUUCGUGAGGUUUCCCGGAGGCGGCAGAAGGGCGGAGGGGAAGGACGCGACAGCCGGGGACCUCCCGCCGCGGGCGUGUCCGGGGCGCGGCGGCUGUCGGUUCCCGCGGAGCCCGGCGGGACGGCGGGGGAGCGCGAGGGGCACGGAGCGGCGAAAGAGGCGGCAGGGGAUCCGUCCGGCAGUCGGUGGCCCACGGUUGCUCGGCAACAGCAGAAGCGGAUUGAAGGGACCGGCCGCUGGAGGAUGCCGAAGCCUCCCGGGUCAGCGAUGGGAGCAGCUUUGCGUAAAGCGAGGGGUACGUGAAGCCGGGCGUGCGGUGCCGACCGCCCAGCAGACGCCUGUCCCUGUUUUCUCUUCCCGCUUUUGAAGAGAAGCUGCCGAGUUAGCGUACGCUGCGGUGAAGCUGUACAAGAUGUGGCCCUCAGGAACCGGUUGCUGUGGGGUUGCUCGUGCGGCCAGCUUUUGGUGUCGGUUGUUCCGGCGCUCCGUCGCGGUGUAGAGCCGGCCCCGUACGUAGCGAGGGGGAGCUGUGACCGCCCCGUGCUCAGCAGACCCCCCAGCCCGGGUGGGGGGAGCAGCGCCGGAGCGGGAGACGCGGCUCCGUCCUCCGUCCCCAGCGUGCCGGGGGGCGGCUGCCGGCCUGUGGGACGUGGCUGCGGCUGUUCGGGGCGCUGCCCCCCCAUUUUUGGGCGCUCUGGUAUGUACAUAGAGCAGCCCCAUGUGCUGUUAAAGGUUGUGGUGGUGCGGGUCAGGGAUCCCCAGGCUGUGCCGAGACCGCAGGACGGCUGCUGGUGGAACAAAGUCCGGGACAGCUUCUCAGACCUGUCCUGGUGUUUUCCAUCCUUCAGGACUUCCUUAUUACUGUUGUGAGAGUCCGAGAGAAAAGGAGGAGUGUCUGUGACUUACAACUGUCGUUGUUGAUCUACAGUGUUUUAGAGACGGAUUCUUGCAGGAUCUAUUUCUGGUUCGUCCUUCACUCCUCCCCAGACCGCAGCGCUGGUCCGAGUUCCCCAGCACACGUGUGUGUGUCCAGCCGGGUACGCUGGGGGAGCGCGUCAGGGCGGGCAGACGCUGAAUGGACGCGCUGUCAGCGACUGCGGAACGAGCUGGGGCUGCUUUGACCGUGUCCAGCCUUGUGCGUGUGGUUUGUUUUCACUUGCAGGCUGAAACAGCAGUUUCCUUAAUUAAAAACACCCCAACAUGUGCCCCGGCCCCCAACAAAAAUAACGCCAAAAAUGCCACUGAAAGAAACACAGGGAGUUUUUAAAAAAUUUCCUUUAGCUUUCUCCCCCCUCCACCCCUACCCUGCUGCGUUCAGUGCAGUGAAUGACCGUGAGGAGAUGGCUGUGGGUCUGGCUGUUGAAGGGUGUGUGAAGGAGAAGGAGGUGUGUGUAGAGCAGGAUUGGUGGUGGAGGUGAGUGCAGCUGGUUUGGGUGUGGGGCUGUAAAUUCUUUUUGGAGGCUUCCUAGUUUCUGGUGUCACCUGCGGGGUGAAGUGUGACUCUGUGCAGGUUUGAAAGGUGCAACGUGCAGAGCUCCCUCAUUUGCCACCAGAUCUCCCAAUCACAGAGACAGCGUCGCUGUGCAGCUGCUAAGGACAGCGCGUCUCGUGCAGAACAGCAUCCUUUGUGCUCCGUGUGCGUGUUCCUCCUUUGAAAUGAAGUUGUGCCGCCCGGUGUUCCACGUUACGUGCGGUACCUGCUGGGCUGAGUCUCCUCCCCGCGCUCCGGUCGGUUCCGUCGCGCUGCCGCAGCCCCGGCAGCACCGCGGCGUUCGCUGGACGCGUUGUUGGCGGAGCCGGCACCGACAAUCUUGACACGUCGAGGCGCUGCGGUGGGUUUGCCUGGAAAUUCCAAGGUAAUUCCAAGGCAGACAGUAAUAAUCCCCAAUUUAUGUAGUAAAAUUUAAAAGAGUGGAAUAUAAAUACUGGAGCGCUAAUUGGAAGUAAUACCUGUAGAGAAAAAAACCUCUAGUUUAUAUCUACAAUAAAAAAUAAUGUGUGCUAGUAAAUCCGCCUGGUAGUAAUGUAAUGAUAAAAAUGUUAAAGUGUAAAUAGAUGAAAUUAUAUAGGCAUGAGCAAGAAGUAAAUUUAAUUUCAGCUAUUACUUGGUGAACUAGGCAGCAGUUGUUCCCAAUCUGAAUGCUAGUUUAAAAAACACAUUGUUUGGAAUUCCUUUUAAAUGAUAAAGGCAGAAAACUAAUGUGGAGUCAUUGGUAGCUUCAUUUGAACAACCGUUAUGAAAUAAACCGCAGACACGAAUGACUGCAUAGGAAACAAAGUGAGGAAGCUUUAGAUUUUAAACAGCAUUGGAAAGUGAUCGGGAGUGUUUAGUAUUUAAAUUAUAACAGAGCCACGAGAUUGGAGGCAACAAAGCUCAGAACCAAACAGAGUCAAAACGUUACAUUUCUUUUUUUAAAGAGAAGUAUAAAGGAACCACUAAGUAGUGGCUGUUUAUAAACAGAGGUAUUAAAAAGUUCCCAGGUAGUAAUGAUUCCCAACAGAACACUAAAAGAUAUUUAGAUGUAAAAUAAUAUUAGAAAACAGUUAUGACAGUCUGAAUUUAACCACAGCUUUUUUGGGGUUGUGCAAAAACAUGACCGCUAUUAAUUACCUCUGAGUUAAAAUAAAAAGACAUCAAACUAGAUGUGAUUAACAACAGCUCAUUUUAAUUUUUCAGUGUGCUAUCCAGUCCGGCUUCUCCCUCCAAGGGCGUGGUCUGAGAAAGCCACACCCCCAACUCCACCCCGUCCAAGCUCCGCCCCUGCCAGUCUGUGCCCUCCCCGAGGCGCGUGUCCCUUACAGACCCCUCCCAGCAGCAUAAUGCAUCGAAGCCCCGCCCGCGGCUCCACACCUAAACUCAGCCCCUGCUAAACCACGCCCCCUCAGAGCACGUGCUGUACAGAGCCCACCCUACUCUCGGCUCCACCCCUCCCUUCCUAAGCUACGCCCUCUUUGGGCGUGUCCUUCUCCCUACCCCAAGCGGCUUCUCCUAUGGGGGUGUGACACACGGAGGCCCCACCCCCUGCCCAGUUCCCCCAGGUGGGCCUCCCAAUGGGCGUGUCCUCCCAGUCCCCGCCCCUCAGCACGGAUCCCACCCCCGUGGGUGGGGCUACACCCAGCUGCGCGCGCGGCCCCACCCACCCAUACGUGACCCUAAGUAACCCCAUGGCAGCCCUAUGGCUGCCCCACAGGUACCGCUACAGCAGCCCUGCUCCUGCCCCGCAAGAGCUCCAGACACGCCUCUGCAGAGCCCCCACAGCAGCCACUUCAGUGCCCCACAGCUAUCACCGCAGCCGCCCCAUCGCGCCCCACGGCCGCCGCUGCGGGACCCCUGGAGCCCCCGGCCCCACACCCGCCCCGCAGCCCCACAGCGCGCGGUCUCGCGGUCCCGGUGAAGCCACGUGCCGGCCGCGGCCGGAGGAGCCGCCGGUUUCCCCCCCGCACCCCCCGAUCGCUGCUGCCGCGGCCGGAGGAGCCGCCGGUUUCCCCCCCGCACCCCCCGAUCGCUGCUGCCGCGGCCGGAGGAGCCGCCGGUUUCCCCCCCGCACCCCCCGAUCGCUGCUGCCGCGGCCGGAGGAGCCGCCGGUUUUCCCCCCCCACAUCCCCCGAUCGCUGCUGCCGCGGCCGGAGGAGCCGCCGGUUUCCCCCCCCACACCCCGAUCGCUGCUGCCGCGGCUGGAGGAGCCGCCGGUUUCCCCCCCGCACCCCCCGAUCGCUGCUGCCGCGGCCGGAGGACCCGCCGGUUUUCCCCCCCACACCCCCCAAUCGCUGCUGCCGCGGCCGGAGGAGCCGCCGGUUUUCCCCCCCACAUCCCCCGAUCGCUGCUGCUGCCGCGGCCCGAGGAGCCGCCGGUUUCCCCCCCACACACCCCCCGAUCGCUGCUGCUGCUGCCGCGGCCGGAGGAGCCGCCGGUUUUCCGCCCAGCCCCGACUCUCCUCCUUCCUCCUCAAUCGCCGCUGCAUGCCGCCACGAUGUCUUCUCUUCCGCCAUCUUGUUUCCCCCUUCUCCUCUCAUUCGCUAUUUUAUACCGAGGGAGGGAGGAGGCGCUCGCUGAUUGGCUGACAGUGUCAGCCUCGGAAGUCGUCCAUUGGCUCAUCCCCACGAGGGGUUCUCCGAGGGGGUGGGAGAAAGGCGCUGAUUGGUCACCGUGUCGCUGAGGUGAGGAAGGCACUGAUUGGUCACUUUCCGCCGAAGUUCGCCCUCCCAGUAACAGGCGCUGAUUCGCUAGCGCCCCUGAGGUAGAAAGGGCGCUGAUUGGUCGGCGUUUUCUCGCCGACGUUAGCCCACAGCAACGAAGCGCUGAUUGGGCAGCGCGGCUGACGGGGCGGAUCGUCCAUUGGAAGGAGGGCGGGCGGGGGGCGGGACCGGGCGGGACAACGAGGUAAUAAAUGGGGCGGCGCAGAACGCGCGCAGGACCAGAAAGGCGGAGGCGGCAGCGGCAGCGCGAGCUCAUCGGGUCCCCACCCCCCCCCUCCCCCGCGGCGGGAAACCGGAGAACGGCAGGAACGGCGGCCGGAAUCAGUUAACGGGGCGGGUCAGGGUGGUAAUUAUCGUGCGGGUGUUAAUUGGGGCUCGGCGGGUUAAUGAGUGACCGGUGGGCUGGGGUGUAUCUGGGGGUUAUGAUCGGAACUGGGGUUUUAAAGCCGCGGGUUUGUGGGGGGGGGGGGGGGCGGGGGCGAUUAAGGCUCCCGGAGCCGCUUUAGCGGCUUAAAUCGUUGUGUUGAACGUGGGAGGAGCCGGUUCGGGGCUUUUCUCAGCAAGCGGGGCUGGUUUGGGUCUAAUUCGGCUUUUAAAAGAUGUUUUUACGUAAUUUUUGGGUGCCGAUUUGUGCCAGAAGGCGCCUUUGAAAUCUGUUUAUUGAGGGUUUAUCAGGAGAAUUAAAGUUUAAAGCUCGGGGAGAUUUGGGGCUUUUCCCCGGGAUUUUGAGUCCAACUCGGUUUUUUUAGAGCCCUUAUUUAUUUAAAUUGUUAUGUUUAAAGGGUUUAUUUGAGGUUUUAUUUGGAACAUUUUGGGCGGGUUUGAGGCUCCUAAGAUUUAAUUGUUGGUUUAUUAUUUGAUUUAUUAUUUCACUGCGGUUCGGGGCUCCUGAAGACGCUGAGUUGUUUCAAUUAUUUAGCGCUGUGAGGAGCCGUUUUGGGGCCGUUGGGGUCUAAAUCGGCUUUUUAAAAGGUUUAUUUAACGCGUUUAAAGUUUGAGGGGCCGAUUUGCGACUUUAAAGCUUUUUGAAUCUACUUAUUGAUAAGAAUUUAUACAAUAGAUUAAUAUUUAAAGCCCGGGGGGAGAUUUGGGGCUGUUUCCCAGGAUUGCGAGUCCAAAUGCGUUUUUUUCUGUUAACCGCUUAUUAAUUUAAAUUAUUAUAUUUAAUCGGGGCUUUUUGAGGUUUUAUGAGGGUUUUUUUGAGCAUUUUGGGCGGUUCUGAGGCUCCUAAAGCCGGUUAAUUGUUUAAAUUAUUAAUUGUUAAAAUAAUGUAAGUAGUUGUUGAAAUAAGUGUGUAAGUUAUUGUAUUUAAAGCCGGGAGGGGCAUUUCGUUGCUUUUUGGGGGGUUUUAGGGCUGAAUUCACUUCAUUGAACGUGUCUAGAGCUGGGGGUCCCAGAUCUGGUGCUGAUUUGGCCCCAAAAAAAGCUUUAAAAAUGUAUUUAUUUAUAUAAUUUACUGAAUUAAUAUUUAAGCGGGAACAUGUUCGGCUUUUUUAACCCGCCGCCAUUUUGUCUCCCCCGUCCCGCUCUUCCUCACGCUGAGGGGGCCGAGGAGACGCUCGCUGAUUGGCCGGUGCCGUCUGGCGGGAAAGCCUCCCCCGGCUCAGCCCCGCUCGGCUGUCUCCGAGGGAGAGAAAGGCGCUGAUUGGUCGCCGCCUCCCUAAACCCACCUCCUGCGCAGAGAACAGCGAAGGCAGCCUGGCCACGCCCCCUCCGGCUGACCGCGCCCCCCGCUCCGGCUGACCGCGCGUGCCCCCCCCCCCGCCCCCCGGCUGACCGCGUGCCCCCCCCACUGCACUCCUGCUGACUGUGCGCCCCCCCCACCUCCUCCGGCUGGCCACAUCUCCACUGCACACCAUGGCGGGGAUGGGGUGGGGGGGAUCACAAGGGUCUAUGGGGCGGUGUGGGGGUCAGGGCGGCUGUGGGGUCAAUGGGGUUGUUGUGGGGUGAAACACCCCUGAAGAGGCUGAACCCCCUACAGGUGAGUGACCCACACAGUGCCCCACAGUGCCCCAUAGCACCUCCACUCUGCCCUACGGAUCCACAACACUGCCCCACAGCACCCUAUAGCUCCUGCUUGCUAUCCCACAGCACCCCAUGGCUUCUCCACUCUGCCCCAUAUGUCUACAGCAGUGCCACAGAGUACCUCAUAUGUCUUCCACUCUGCCCCAUGGGUGCAGAGUGCUGCCCUACAGCACCCUAUAGCUCCUGUACUCUGCCCCACAGAUCCACAGUGCUGUCCCACAGCACCCUAUAGCUCAUCUGGCCUAUAGACCCACUGUACUGCCCUACAAUGCCCCAUGGCUCCUACACUCUGCCCCAUAGACCCACAACACUGCCUCACAACACCCCAUUGCUCCUGCACUCUGCCCCAUGGAUGCCCAGUAACGCCCCACAGCACCAUAUAGGUCCUGUACUCUGCCCCAUAUAUCCACAGGAGUGCCCUACAGCACCCCAUGGCUCCUGCACUCUGCCCCAUGGAUACCCAGUAACGCCCCACAGCACCAUAUAGGUCCUGUACUCUGCCCCAUAUAUCCACAGGAGUGCCCUACAGCACCCCAUGGCUCCUGCACUCUGCCCCAUGGAUGCCCAGUAACGCCCCACAGCACCAUAUAGGUCCUGUACUCUGCCCCAUAUAUCCACAGGAGUGCCCUACAGCACCCCAUGGCUCCUGCACUCUGCCCCAUGGAUGCCCAGUACUGCCCAACAGCACCAUAUAGGUCCUGUACUCUGCCCCAUACAUCCACAGGAGUGCCCCCCAGCACCCUAUGGCUCCUGCAUUCUGACCCAUGGAUGCCCAGUACUGCCCCACAGCACCAUAUAGGUCCUGUACUCUGCCCCAUACAUCCACAGGAGUGCCCCACAGCACCCUAUGGCUCCUGCACUCUGCCCCAUGGAUGCCCAGUACUGCCCCACAGCACCGUAUAGCUCCUGUACUCUGCCCCAUACAUCCACAGGAGUGCCCCCCAGCACCCCAUAGUGACUCUACUCUUCCCCAUAGACCCACAGUGCUGCCCCACAGGACUCUACUCUGCCCCUUAGACCCAGAGAGCUGCCCCACAGCAGCCUGUAGGUGCUGUGUUCUGCCCCAUUGGUGCAAAGUGCUGCCCCACAGCGCCCCACACCUCUGUCCACCUGACCACCCUUCCCUCCUGACUGCACCUGCACUGCCCACUAUGGGUGGGUCACAAGGGUCUAUGGGGCGGUGUGGGGGUCAGGGGGGCUGUGGGGUCAAUGGGGUGGUUGUGGGGUGAAACACCCCUGAAGAGGCUGAACCCCCUACAGGUGAGUGACCCACAGCAGCCCAUAGCCCCUCUGCCCUAUAGAGUCACUGCACCCCAUAGCUGCUUUUACUCUGCACCAUAAAUGGACAGCAGUGCUCCACAGCACCCUAAGUCUCCACUGUGCCCCAUAGACACACAGUGCUGUCUCACAGCACCCCAUAUCUUGUUCACUCUGCCCUAUAGACCCACAGUGUAACCCUACAGCACCCCAUAGUUCCUCUGCCCUAUAGAUCAACAGCACUGUCCCAGAAAACACCAUAGCCUCUUCCCACUAGCCCAUAGGCCAGCAUUUCUGCCCUACAGCGCACUAGCUCCUGCACCCUAUCCCAUAGACCCACAGCAGUGCCCCACAGAUCCAGUCUGCCCUAUACAUCCACAGCACUGCUCUGCAGCACCAUAUACUUCCAGCACUCUGCCCCACUGAUUUGUAGCACCCCACAGCUUCUGCAUUCCACCCAUAGAUCGACGUUCCUGGGUCCCCUCACCCCACCAGCUGUCCUGGGUUGCGAUGCUGCACGGGGCCCUGUGCACAACAAAAUGAGGACAGCAUGGCUGCUGGGCGCCACCCUGCUUGGAAUCCAAGAUGGCUGGGGGGGAGGGCUGGCAGCCAUGCUGGCACUGCCGGAGGGGCUGUUGGUCUGCGCCGUGCUCAGGCGGCAGCUCCCGGCUGUAUCGGCUGCUCCUGUGGCCCUGCACCCUGCCCAUGGGAACAAGGUGGCUGCCCUGAUGGGCGUGGCCAUCUCGGCUGCUGUGUCCCUGCUGGUGGGCGGGGCCAUGGCUGUCAUGGCUGCCAAGCCUGUGCUGGAAGGGUGGGGCUGAGGUGGGCGGGGCCUGGCUAGGGUGGCCAUUUUGGGGUGGGGCCCAAGGUGGGUGGUGGGGCCUGUGGCUCUGUUUGCCCCUGACGGCCAUCUUGGAAAAGGGCAGCACUGUGCCGCUGCCAUCCUGACGUUGCUCCCCCAGGGCCAUGUUGGGGGAUUUUUAACCUGGUUUUGGGGCCAAUUCUCACCCAAUAAAAUUAAAUAAUGUAAAAAAA